AUGGCACUCGAUGGCCGGAAUCAAAGAUUAAUUACUUUGGCUUUUGCUGGUUCAAUUGGUAUGACAUUUGUUAUACUUGGUUGUGCAUUGCCAGCAUACAAAGUAUGGUGGCCAUUUUUUGUAGUACUCUUUUAUAUAUUAUCGCCAAUUCCUACAUUAUUAGCAAGGCGUUAUAGUGAAUCAGGAACUGUAAAUAAAUCAUAUUUAGAAUUAGCAAUAUUUGUUACCAUGGGAUUUGUAGUAUCCUCCUUUGGUCUUCCUAUUGUAUUGGCAAGAUCUCCAAUAAAUGAUCCUGUUAUUCAAUGGGGAGCGUGUUACCUAAUAUUAACAGGUAAUGUUGUGGUAUAUUUAACUAUUAUUGGAUUCUUCACAGCAUUUGAGCAAGAAGAUACUGAAUACAGCAUGUGGUGAUGUGUUAGCAUAUGUACUUAUCCCUUAUGAUUUAUGUACAAGAUUUAUGAAGAGUGAAUGUGUGAGUUGUUAACUGACUGAUUAUUAUGCUUUCUAUGAUAAAUGCAUAUAAGUCAUUGUACACUGCUAAUUUGUACAAGCUGAAAAGACUAAACUUGAAAACUGAAGUUUAUUUGUAUGAUAAUAUCAAUUUGAACAAAACAUAUAGAUCUACAAGUUAUAUGAAAUAUUUGUAACAUAUUCGUAAAUUAAACUGGCAGCUUUAAUAAUUUUCAUUCUUUUAUCAUCUUUAUAUAAUGUAUCAAUGACAACUGAUAAAUCAUUGAUAAGAAAAUUAAAUUUAGAUAUAUUAAAGA